UCUAUUUUAUUUCACUUGAUAUUAGAGAUAAAGAUAUAGAAGAAAACUGAACCUCAACAAUUGAAUCCUUUGUAUUAAAGGUGAGCUUGGUUACAACAAACUCCGGUGAAUCGAAUCUGAUCGGAAAACGAAAACAGGGACUGAACCUUGAGUCGUGAACCUCGGACAGUACCUUCGCCACUAACCUCAACGACUAUUUCAUGGCUGAUUUUUGGAAUGAAAAUACAGCUCUUUUUUGCUAAAGUUGAUGGCUGUUUCGAUGGAGAUUUAUGACUGGUUUUUCAACAGUUUUGUAGCUGGGUUUGACUGUAUUUUUUGGACUUAUUUUCGCAGGUGUUUUGCUGGUUUUGAGUGGCUGUUUUUCAGCUGAGGUUGGGAUAAUUUUGGAGCAAGGAUUUUACUAGUUCUCCCCUAGAAUUUUUUUGAGCUGUUGUUACGAGGGAGCAAAGCCGAUCAAAGAGAGCCAAUUUUCAGCUGCUUAUUCCUAUGCAUUUUCCCCUCCCUUUCUUCUUCAGAUCCCCCAUCCUUUUGUUUUGUGUGUGUGUUAUAUGUAGAGAGAAUGAUGAAGGAGUGGGUGGAGAAAAUAUUUUUGGAGAGAGCGGGGAACAUGAGGGGGGAAAGUAGGGAGAGUGGAAAAUAUGAGUGGGGAAAGUGGGUAGUGAGUGGAGAAAGUGAGUAGUGAAUGAAGAAAGUGUGGAAGUAAAAAGUGAGCGGAAAAAAUGAAAAUAAAUUAAAAUAUGGUCAAAAAUUAACUAUUCACACCAUGAUUGAGCACGAAUAAUUAUAGUUAGAUUAAAUAGCAAAUAUCAAUUUUUUUAUUGGCCUGACGUAAAUACCGAUGUGCGUAAGUUUUUGGGGCACAUCAAUAUUUUUCAGGUGGUUAAUAUACACAUUAUUCAAGGGAGGUUUGUGGUUUAAUCCAUUCGGGUCGGGUAUGAACAUGGGCUGCUCAGUCAACAGGUACUCAAAACAGGAAAAUGGCGGUAAAUGCAGUAGCUGGAUUCUCCUCUUCUUCACACCAUUGAAGAGAGCAGCAGAUCACCAUCUCUUCCCAAAGCCCCACUCCUUAUCUCUCCAAGUCUCCCUUUCCCACCUUUUAACUCAAUUACAAAUCUAAUGCGCAUGAUUUUAUUCUUACUUAGUCAAUUAGGGUUUUGUCUGCCGGAAAAUUAAAUUUCUAAAUCAUCAGUGACGGCGAAAGAGAGAAACCUUGUAAGAGCUGCACAAUGACGUGCAAUUUGGGGAUAUUGGACUCACUGAAUGUCGAUUCUAUAGCAGAAAUAUCGGAAAACUGGAACGGCUUUUGCUCCACUUCAGAAGCUCUUCUUAAAGGCAGCGGUGAUUUGUCAUUCAGCGCCGAGUUCAUAACGCAAGUUAAGAAUCUCUGCGAACAUGGCCUAACGUCUCUAGUUGAACAACACUUCCUUCGCUGCGUUCAGGAAACUUUCGAGAGAAAUGGAGCAAGAAGGUUCUGGAGUUAUUUUGAACCUUACAGCAAUGUUGCUCCACUUGAAACUAAUAAGGAUCCAAUUCUAGAAGAAGAGAUUCAGCAAGUAAUACGUAAAGCUUUGGAAGAGAUAUCAUCUGAAAAGCAGUAUCAGGAGAAGUGCCUACUAUUGUUGGCUCAUGCUUUACAGUCCUAUGAAGAAAACAAGUCACAAGGACAAGUGAACCCAGAUUCUACUCGAGUUUAUCUGUUCUCAAAAUAUCAACUAAUUGUGUCUUCAGUUCUUUUGGCUAGUUUUCCUCGCCAUUUUCCUGGGAUACUACACUGGUACUUCAAAGGAAGACUGGAAGAGCUAAGUACAAUUGCAGGUGCAAACUCUGAGGAUGAUGAUGAGUUAGGCAUGGAUGAUAAAAUGGAUUUAGAUGAGAAAAGCAAACUGCCCGACAAAUGUGGUAAUAAGGAUAGUGAUAGAAACCAUGAAUAUGCAAGAUUUUCAGGGAACAAUAAGUUGGUGAAAAACAUUGGUAUGGUUGUUCGUGAUCUAAGAAAUAUUGGCUUUACAUCUAUGGCGGAAGAUGCAUACGCUUCUGCCAUAUUUUUUCUUCUUAAGGACAAAGUACAUGAUUUGGCUGGUGAUGACUAUAGGAGCUCUGUUUUGGAGUCCAUCAAAGCAUGGAUACAGGCUGUGCCCCUUCAGUUCUUGCGUGCACUUCUUGAGUACCUUGGUGAUUUUACUAGCUGCAAUGACCCUUCCUCUGGCCUGAAGUCGCCCCUAGCAUCCCACCCGUCCUUGUGCUAUUCUGGAACUGGAAUUCCAUCUGAGGGGCUUGUUAGAUGGCAAUUGCGCUUAGAGUAUUAUGCUUAUGAGACCUUGCAGGAUUUAAGAAUAGCCAAACUUUUUGAAAUCAUUGUAGAUUAUCCAGACAGCGCUCCUGCUAUUGAAGACUUGAAACAGUGUCUCGAGUAUACCGGGCAACAUUCGAAGCUGGUAGAUUCUUUUAUCUCAUCAUUGAGAUAUAGAUUACUAACAGCUGGUGCCUCGACCAAUGAUAUAUUGCACCAGUAUGUUUCAACAAUCAAAGCACUUCGAACUAUAGAUCCUGCAGGUAUUUUUCUUGAAGCUGUUGGUGAACCAAUAAGGGAAUACCUAAGGGGGAGAAAAGAUACAAUUAAAUGCAUUGUGACCAUGCUUACUGAUGGAACUGGUGGAAAUACCAACGGACCUGGCAGUUCUGGAGAUAGCCUGCUGGAAGAAUUGAAUAGAGAUGAAGAGAGUCAAGAAAACACUAUUGUGGAUGAUGAUAUUAACUCCGACGACAAGCAAGCAUGGAUUAAUGCACAAAACUGGGAGCCUGACCCUGUAGAGGCAGAUCCAUCCAAGGGAAGCAGAUACCGAAGAAAGGUUGACAUACUUGGUAUGGUAGUUGGCAUAAUUGGUUCCAAAGAUCAGCUGGUUAGUGAAUAUCGUGUAAUGCUCGCUGAAAAGCUUUUGAACAAAUCUGAUUAUGACAUUGAUGCGGAAAUACGUACUCUAGAACUUCUCAAGAUUCAUUUUGGAGAAAGCAGCAUGCAGAAAUGUGAAAUAAUGCUUAAUGAUUUGAUUGACUCAAAGAGGACAAAUGCAAAUAUAAAGGCCACUAUCAAGCAUCAACCACAGCCAGAGCGAAGAGACCUCGAGGUAUCUUUGGACAAUCUUAAUGCUACCAUCAUAUCUUCAAAUUUCUGGCCUCCUAUUCAGGAUGAGGCAGUCAACUUACCAGAGCCUGUCGAGCAACUCCUGACUGAUUAUGCUAAAAGGUAUACUGAAAUUAAGACACCACGUAAGCUAAUGUGGAAGAAAAAUCUGGGCAGUGUAAAGUUGGAGCUCCAGUUUGAAGAUAGAGCAAUGCAGUUCAAUGUUACUCCUUUGCAUGCUUCAAUUAUUAUGCAGUUUCAAGAUCAGAAAAGAUGGACAUCUAAGAACCUUGCAGCUGCAGUUGGAGUAGCUGUUGAUGUGUUGAAUAGGAGAAUAAAUUUUUGGAUAAGCAAGGGAGUUCUGGUGGAGUCAACUGGGGCAGACUCUGCUGAUCAUGUUUUUACUCUGGUGGAAACCAUUAACGAUACAGGUAAAAGUGGAACUAUUGAUGGAGGCUGUGAGGAGCUAUUGGCAGGUGAUGAGGACGGAGAACAGUCUGUGGCCUCUGUUGAAGAUCAAUUGCGAAAAGAGAUGACUGUCUAUGAGAAAUUUAUCACUGGGAUGCUUACCAAUUUUGGCAGCAUGGCAUUGGACCGUAUUCAUAAUACUCUCAAGAUGUUUUGCAUUGCUGAUCCUCCUUAUGACAAAUCGCUGCAACAACUGCAAAGCUUCUUAUCUGGUCUAGUUGCUGAGGAGAAGUUAGAACUAAGAGAGGGAGUGUACAUUUUGAGAAAGUGAUCAAUUCCAUCCAUGUGGUCUUGGUGGCAUACAUCUUAUCGCCACUUUUCUCACACCGAUGAAAUGCAAUACUGAGUUAAGAAGGAAAUAACAACAUUUGGCUACAGGGAGAUCUCCUUUUCUCUUCUCGUUUCAGGUGCAAGUUACGUGUAAACUCCUUGCAUUCAAUCAUUUGUUGUGCUAUUUAACCAAGCUGAGGGUAACUGCAAAUUAAGAUGGUUCCUGUGGGUUAGAAUGUCUCAUUGUGCAAGAGUGUUGUUAAUAGUUAUUAGUCCUUCGCGAGGUCAAGAGAUAAAGCAGCCAAGAGAAGAUGUUGACAUCUGGCGCUGGUUAGAUUUUUUUUUAUAUAACCAAGAAAUUUCAUAAGGGCAGUGGCAUAUGGUUCGAAAUUCGGUGGGUAAUGGGUUUGCCCCUCUAUCAUUCUCCACAUAAAUAUCAAGCUUUUGUCUGUGACAGUUCGAGUCCGUGAUGUGCGCCUAAACCAAACAUCGAGUAUUUUGCCCUUAACAGUUUACUUAUUUGCUGUAUGUGAUGUAAACCAAAUUGAUGCCCUUCUGAUUUGAAAAGAAAGGGAGUUCCAUUGUUUAUUUGGUGUAUAUGAUGUAAACUGCAUAUAUUGCCUUUUCGAUUCAAAAGGAAAGGGAGUACCAUUGUUAUCUAAAACCAUAUGUUUUACCGUUUAA